GUGGACUUUGCCCGAGGCAUGUUCACUUGUUUGCCCACGUGACCACAAUCAGCUGUUAAACAUCAUGGCAGACAUGGCAGACGAAUGUGAACCUCUGCUAGACAAGGGGAAAACAAGACAGUAUUCAGAGAAAGUGCCUGUCUGGACGUCCUGUCGGUACGGUCUGGCCAUCAUGUCCACUCUGGGCUUCCUGAACGCCUACACCAUGAGGGUCAACCUCACCAUCGCCUUGGUUGCUAUGGUUAACCACACCCAGCAACCAGCUCUCAAUGGGUCAGAAGACUGCAUACCAAAUGUGAACGUCACCCGUGAUGACAAGCCAGCAGAGUUUGGCUGGGAUCCCACCACCCAGAACACCAUCUUGGGGGCGUUCUACUACGGAUACAUCUUCACACAGGUUCCCGCAGGCUGGCUCGCAGGUCGGUUUGGAGGGAAGCUGGUGUUUGGGCUGGGAAUCCUGUUCACAGCUGUCUUCACCCUACUGACACCCCUGGCAGCUCGGACAGCCACAUGGCUACUCAUCGCUGUCCGAGUGUGUGAAGGGCUGGCAGAGGGUGUUCUGUUCCCAGCCAUGCAUGCCAUGUGGAGAAGCUGGGCACCUCCAAUAGAGAGAAGCAAACUGGCAACAAUUUCAUUGUCAGGUGGGAACCUUGGCAUAAUGCUAGCCCUCCCUGUAUCAGGUGUUCUGUGUGACCACUUUGGCUGGCCUGUGGUCUUCUAUGCAUUUGGUACCCUUGGCUGUCUGUGGUUUGUUGCAUGGAUGUUCACAGUGUCUAAUUCUCCCAGAAUCUCUGACAUAGAGAGGGAAUACAUUGAGCACUCACUGCUUAGGGAAGGGACAUCACUAUCAAAGACUACCUCUACCCCUUGGCUGUCCUUUGCCACUUCUGUGCCAGUGUGGGGCCUCAUCAUCACACACAUCUGCUUCAACUGGGGCACCUACACCCUUUCCACCAACCUCCCAACUUACAUGAAGGAGAUCCUGCUGUUUGAUCUCACACAGGAUGGUUUCCUGUCAGCCCUACCUUACCUGUGCAUGUGGCUGGUGCAGGUCUUGGGGGGACAGCUGGCUGACAAGCUCAGGGAACAGCAGCUGCUCAGUACAGCUGCUGUCAGAAAGCUAUUCAACAGUUUAGGUAUGCUGCUUCAAGGUGUUUUCCUGGUGCUGGCAGGCUAUGUGAGCUGUCACCAACAGUACCUGGGAGUCCUGUUCUUAACCAUAGGGAUCGCCUCCAGUGGGCUGGGCAUGUCGGGCUUCCAGAUCAACCAUCUGGACAUCGCUCCUAGACAUGCAGGUGUACUGAUGGGCAUCACCAACUGUAUCGCCACAUUCCCUGGGUUUGCUGGGCCUGCAGUGGUGGGCAUCCUCACCAAACAUGCUAAAACGUGGCCGUCUCGCAAACUUCAGUGGCAAAAGGUCUUUUACAUCGCUGGGGGAAUAUAUGGCUUCGGGACUCUUACAUUUCUCCUGAUGGGGAGUGGAACAGUCCAGGAGUGGGCCAAGGAGAAGUCAGAAGAGGGAAACAAAAGUACACAGACAUCCCUACAUGUCAAUCAGGAGGAGCAGCAAGAUCAAUAUGGCAGAACAAUUAUUUAACAAAAAAUUAGAGUUUUCCGUUUUCCUGGAUGUAUUUUGGGUUUUUGCAACCUUCAGGUUCAAAGACCUCUGGGGAAGUGUUUUUUGGGCUUUCAUGACGUUUUGAACUGUGGAGGGAAUAGUAUAAUGUAAUUUAAUCCUGUAUUACACCACUUCCUGAAGCCGUACAUGGUCACACUUCACUCAAAAUUACCCACCAUGAAAAACAAACAAUUAGGACAGACAGACAAACAAACCCAUAAACUCAUGCUUCCCAAAACAAUACUUCCAUACCGGAAGUAAACAGCGUUCUAUUGUUGCUUCUUUAAGCUGGAUUUUGUACAAUGUUAUUCUAAAUAGUGGAUAAGGACAAGAAUUAUGGACAUUUAUUUUUAUAAUGGUUUGUAAAUGAUACCAGUGCUCAAAUUGCAAUGGCAUUUGUAAGAAUGCAUUUUCAACUAUUGGUUUAUCGAUCCAAAAUUCUUAGCUGCUAUACUUUGAGGAUUUCCGAAGAAAAUCUCAUAAUCAAUAUCACUAUUUUGGAAUGAUGGCUUUCUGAGAAUAGUUAAUGUGCAAUUUCUGUUUUUGAUUCACAAUCGAUGUGAGUUCGUUUUACCCUAAAGUUAUAGUAAAGAUAUUAUAUUAUGUGUUAGUAAGUUAUGACAUUUCCAUUGCAACGAUAGAAGUAUGCACCUUCCGUAUUCGGGUUGGCAUGUUGACUUUCUUUCAAAGUGCUUUAUUACGAGUUGAUCACAUAGCAUUCAGAGAGAACAGAAGAUCUGUUUUUACCUUUUCAAAUUGUUUGAAGACGUCCGUAUAGCAGACAAAAAUACUACCGUACGGAAUCGCAUUCAUUCGCUGUGAAUAUCGAUGUGCAAUGUAAAAAGGUAAAUUCAAUAUGAUGUAAAAAAAAUGACAAAAAUUAA